GCCCAUGCUGAAAAAUAAGACUACUGGGACUCUGUACUUUGGAGUGAUGAGACCAAGAUAAAUAUUUUUGGAACUGAUGGCUUCAAAAAUGCAUGCUGUCGCAGUGGUGAGGAGUACAAAGAAAAAUGCAUGGUGCCUACAGUGAAACAUGGUGGGUGGCAGUGUCCUUCUGUCAGGCUGCAUGAAUGUUGCUGGUAUGGAGGAGCUGCAGUUCAUUCAUGGUAUCAUGAAUUCACAGAUGUACUGCUCUAUAUUGAAAGAGAAGUUUUCCAACAUGACAAUGAUCCAAAACACACAUCUAAGGCCACUGUUAUAUUUCUG